AUGAAGAGCAACAAGACGAUCAGAAAACCAUGCACAGACAAAAGCAAAAGAAAAGAAAAGAAAAGAAGGAAAAAAAGAUGUAGAAAAUCAAACAGGCCAAAGCCACAGAUCGAGGCCACGGGUCGGGACCGCGCGUCAAGGCCACAGAUCAAGAAACGCACACACAGAACAAUCAACAGACCCGCCGAGCCGGAACAGACAAAUCGCGAAAAAGAAAAUAAUAAUACUACCCUGCUACCUACUUAUCUAAUACACCCAUAUGCCAAGAGCAGAGAUCAAAACAAAUAA